UUUUCUGUCUGUCCAGUAGUGCUGGAAGCUGCUGAGUCUGGGGUUACCUGGACUAGCCUGCCUCUUCAUGGUGGAGUUCUCACCAACACUUCGACUCACAGCCUUCCUUACUCUGAACCAUCAGAAAAGUCAGGUCAAAAGAAGGGGAAAGCUGUAGGAGGUUCCAAAACCUGGGCCCACUCGGGUCAUCUUUGAGGAAACCAAGUUGACUUAGUGGGUACCCAAAUGGAGAGGAAUAGAAAAGAGAGAAAGGCCAGAGCUUUGUUAGCCACACUCCGGCCCACACAGAACCUUCAUUCCUAAGGCUCUUCUAGGCCUUGCUGAAGAGGCUUUUCUGCCAGGCUGCAGACCCCAACCCCUCAGUCCACUAAUCCACACCAGCACCCUUUCCCCACUCCUCUCACUGAACCAGUUGGCUUCUUUUGCCACAAUUAAUUUGCUACAAAUGGAAAGUACUUACCCCAUCCUAGCUCCAUUGGGGAAACUCCUCAGAGCAGCUAAAGCCAACUAGAGAUUUGCACAUUUACCGACUGCUUGCACGGAUGCCGUCUUUCCUUUUAAAAGUUAUAAAACAGUAAACUUUAUAAGCCCCAGUUCCGGCUAUAUGACAUUUGGGUGCCAAAUGAAUAGGGUUUUGUCUAUGAAUUAGAUCGUAAAAUCAUCCAUAGCACAGACAGAUCGGCUCACUGGCUAUAAAACGUCACGUGGGGCCAUUAAAGUAAGUUUUAUGGUUUUGGGGAGUUGACAUCCAACAUUAUACCACAUAACAUACAAUCUCACUAACGCUGGACUCCAUUUGACUCUUUUGCAGGCUACGUGUGCUGCCUGGUCAUUCAAACUGUCAAUUUUAGGCCCAGAAGUGUCCAAACCACAACUUCUCAAAACUCUCUGAAAAAAAUGGCUCCCUCCAAGUUAAGGAAGGCAGACAAGAGCCCUUCAACGUGGAGAACUGAGCAGUCCCGUGCUCACCAGGUCCAAGGCUUUCUCACAAGAUUGCUGGGAGUGCCGGGAGACUCUGUGUCCAGGGAAAUAGUGCCUGGUCACUGGAAAAAACGCUUCCCUGAACACCUGGAUUUGGAGACCACUCCUGGUUUAGAUUUAAACAUCUUUGGAGGUCUGCGCGCGGCGGCCAUUGGCGACGGAGUGUCACGUGACCGCGGGGGCGUGCCAAUGUGCUCCCUUACGGGUGUCAAGCCCUUGUCAGAGUGUGCGAUCACGAUCGUGAAACAUCGCGAUGCAAAAAGCGACCUACUACGACAGCUCGGCGAUCUACGGUGGCUACCCCUACCAAGCAGCCAAUGGGUUCGCUUACAAUGCCAGUCAGCAGCCAUACGCGCCGUCUGCCGCUCUGGGCACCGAUGGCGUUGAGUACCAUCGACCCGCCUGCUCCCUCCAGUCCCCCGCCAACGCUGGGGGACACCCCAAACCUCAUGAGCUGAGCGAAGCGUGUCUACGCACCCUGAGCGGUCCUCCUAGCCAACCCCCAGGCCUGGGUGAUCCUCCUCUGCCUCCCCCUCCUCCCCAGGCAGCCCCCCCAGCCCCCCAGCCUCCACAGCCCCCACCACAGCCCUCUGCACCCACUCCUGCAGCUCCCCAGCCUCCCUCUUCUGUCUCUCCCCCUCAAAGUGCCAACAACAACCCUACCCCUGCCAGCACAGCCAAGAGCCCCCUGCUCAACUCUCCCACCGUGGGCAAACAAAUCUUUCCCUGGAUGAAAGAGUCGAGACAGAACACUAAGCAGAAAACCAGCGGCUCCAGCUCAGGGGAGAGCUGCGCUGGUGACAAGAGCCCGCCUGGGCAGGCUUCGUCCAAGCGCGCGCGCACGGCGUACACGAGCGCGCAGCUGGUGGAGCUGGAGAAGGAGUUCCACUUCAACCGCUAUCUCUGCCGGCCGCGCCGAGUGGAGAUGGCCAACUUGCUGAACCUCACCGAACGCCAGAUCAAGAUCUGGUUUCAGAACCGCCGCAUGAAGUACAAGAAGGACCAGAAAGGCAAGGGCAUGCUGACCUCGUCUGGGGGCCAGUCCCCAAGUCGCAGCCCUGUGCCUCCCAAUGCGGGAGGCUAUCUGAACUCUAUGCAUUCGCUGGUCAACAGUGUCCCAUAUGAGCCCCAGUCACCCCCACCCUUCUCCAAGCCCCCUCAAGGCGCCUACGGGUUGCCUCCGGCCUCCUAUCCUGCGCCUCUGCCCAGCUGUGCUCCCCCACCACCUCCCCCACAGAAGCGCUACACAGCGGCGGGGUCAGGCGCAGGGGGCACCCCUGACUACGACCCGCAUGCUCACAGCCUGCAGGGCAAUGGCAGCUAUGGGACCCCACACUUACAGGGAAGCCCCGUCUUCGUAGGGGGCAGCUAUGUGGAGCCCAUGAGCAAUUCUGGGCCAACACUCUUUGGCCUGACUCACCUCCCCCACACCACCUCGGCUGCCAUGGACUACGGGGGCACUGGGCCGCUGGGCAGCGGUCACCACCAUGGGCCGGGGCCUGGGGAGCCACACCCCACCUACACGGACCUUACUGCCCACCAUCCUUCUCAGGGAAGAAUUCAGGAAGCGCCCAAGCUCACCCACCUGUGAUGAUGGGCUCGGGCUGCGUGCCAAGAGAGUUGCCCUCCUCACCUUCUUUGGUUUCUCUUUUUCUUUAUUUUGUUUUAUGUUCCUCCUGCCUCCCCCCCUUUUCUCCUCUGCACCCCCUCCCACAUUUUGUUUUCUUUGGUAAUGCGUUUUUAUAGUUUAUGUGACGUAGCAAUCUUGGUUGCUGUAAAGGCUGUCAGUAUCAGUAGCGACAAUUGCCACCACCCACACUUCCCCUCCU